UUGAAACAUCCUCCUUUCCAUCUCCAACAUCAUCGAAAUCUACCUUCCAGGUUCCAACAUUCGAGCCCCAAACCCUAAGACAUUCUCUCCCUUCUUUCUCUCUCAUCAGAUUCAGACGUCCUUGACAUUCGCCCCACUGUCUGCCUAGCUGGUCUGAUUCACCUUUGCUGCUAUUUGCCAGCCACAGCUCAGCUGAUUCUCCGCUCAAAUUUUCAGUCAUCCAAGAUUCAAAUAAACCCAUUUCAGGGGAGAUUUAUUUAUUUAUUUUCCUUUUUCUAUUGAAUAGUAGCUCCAAGAUUCUUUUUUUCGUUUGUUUAGUGCAAGUUCUUUUCAGUUUCAGCUCAGAAUUGGUGAUCUCUGGUGUUUAAUGGUAGCCCGGAUCUUCUUUAGUGUCCAGAACCUAGAAUUAUCUUCCAAAAUUUGACAUUUUUUUUAAUCAGAAAUUUUAACCCUAUUUUAUGUAUGCUGGUUCAAUGUUCCCAAUAUUGUAUAGGAGGGCAAUGAAGAACUCAGUAGCUGGGAAGAAAUGGCUCUAUGCACUCUUCUCUGCUGCAUUCAUAUCGGUUCUCAUAUUAUUGUCCUCAAUUACUGGUUUUAGUUCAUCAUACUAUGCAUUUUCCUCGGAUAGGCCGUUUGCCUCGAUUGUGAACCGUGGUCCGGGGCAUCCCCCGGCCUUUGCUUACUACAUCUCGGGCGGUAAGGGGGAGGGGGAGAGGAUGUUUAGGUUAUUGUUAGCGCUUUAUCACCCGAGGAAUAGAUACUUGUUGCACGUUGGGGUGGAGGGGAGUGAGGAGGAGAGGAGGAAACUGGGGGUGCUUGUAAAGUCGGUGCCCGCAAUUCGGGCUUUUGGCAAUGUCGAUUUGGUUGGGAAGCCAGAUCCCGCGACUUAUAUGGGAUCAACACACAUUGCAGCAAUUCUCAGGGCUGCUGCCAUUCUGUUGAAGGUGGAUAGUGGAUGGGAUUGGUUUAUCACUCUUAGUGCCCGGGAUUAUCCACUGGUUAGCCAAGAUGAUUUAUCCAAUGUCUUCUCGUAUAUUAGGAGAGAUCUGAAUUUCAUUGACCACUCCAGUGAUCUUGGAUGGAAAAAGGAUCAACGAGUUUUGCCCGUAGUAGUUGAUCCAGGGAUUUAUUUGGCUAGGAGGACGCAAAUUUUUUAUGCAACUCAAAAACGACCGAUGCCCGAGUCUUUUAGAGUUUUCACAGGCUCUCCGUGGGUUAUUUUGAGCCGUUCGUUCCUUGAGUUCUGUAUUUUCGGCUGGGACAAUCUCCCGAGAACCCUUUUGAUGUAUUUCACGAAUUCAGUUUUGUCACAAGAAGUCUAUUUCCACUCUGUAAUUUGCAAUUCUUUAGAGUUCAAGAACACGACAGUUAAUGGUGACUUGAGAUAUUUUGUCUGGGAUAAUCCGCCGAAGAUGGAACCGCACUUCCUCAACGCGUCGGACUACGAGGACAUGGUCCAAAGCGGUGCUGCUUUCGCGAGGCAGUUUGGGAAAGAUGGCGCGGUACUGGACAUGAUCGACAAGAAUAUCCUCGAGCGGGGCCAUAACCGUGUCACUCCCGGCGCCUGGUGCACGGGCCGGAAGAGCUUGCUGUUGGAUCCCUGUUCGCAAUGGGGCGACGUCAACGUUUUGAAGACGGGAAGGCCCGAAGCAAAACGACUGGGAGCGUCCGUGAGCAAGCUCAUCGAGGACUCGCUAUCGGAGUCAAAUCAAUGCAGAUGACUACGACGACGAAAGGUACCAAAUACCGACAACAAACGUCUAAUUACCUUUGGAUCGUCCCGAUAAUGGCCAGAUUCGGAACACUCCCUAUCGAGAUACAUUUUUUCGUGGUCCUUCUUCUGCUACAUACAAUUCUUUUCCGGGAGAUUCUUCUCUCGCGAAAGGCCACACCCGUGUUGUUUAUAUUGCUUGAAAGGGCAAAAGUUGAGUUCUUUUCAGGUUGGGUUGGGUUGUGGUCCAGGAGAGAAGCCAUUCCUUCCACAAGAAGAGUCUCCCUCCCACUGUGUUCAUCUAUACUUAUUGAAAUGUUCAGUUGCGCCCUUUUAAUUAAUCAUUCAACUCUCUCUCUCUCUCUCUCUCUCCUGUAACAUUGUGAACUGAAUUAGUGAAUUGAAUCCAUUAUUGCUGACCUUCAAUGGGUGAGUUAUUUCAGCUUGUGAAUGAUCAA